AUGACGGAAUAUAACAAUAACUCUCCUGCUACCACAACCUCUCGCGUCACCAAACGCACGUCGAGACCCUAUCACCUUGACUACGCUUCGUCCUUUGACGAAGCCGAAGAGAGUGAUAGUUAUACGUCAAGGAGGUCAAGACGGUUAUCAGAAAGCAACCAUAGAAGAAUUGGUUCCACAUAUGGACUUUCUUACGUUUCGAACAGAAGAAUGGAAAGAAUGGAGGUAAAAGAAGACGAGUCCAAUGGGUUGCCUUCUCGGAGAAGAUAUACACGUAAAUGGGAGACCGACGACGAACAGUUGAAACCAAACCACCGAAGUUCGAUGCCAAUAAUGUCACAGCAACAACAUUCACCACAGCAUUCCCCGGUUAAUAUUUAUCCUGAUGAGGCCGUAACAACCAGGUCCCUCUUAUACAAUCUUGGUAAGGAACGUACAAAACGACGUGAAAUACAAAAUGCUUACGAUACAACGGUGCAAACGUUGAAAGAAUUACAACAAAAUCAUCAAGAUGAUUUAGUCGCACUUGAAAGUGACAUACAAACCCUUCAAGAUGCAUUGGUAAAGGAGGCCAAGGCUAACAUACAAUUAAAUAAACUUUUACGCGAAUCCACUUCAAAAUUUACGGAAGAGAUGCAAAAUUGGGCAAAUAAAGUUGUUUUAAUGGAGGAACAAGGAAAAGAAUUACAACAGACAUUUCAGGAAACGAUGGUACAAUUAGAAAAAGAGGAGGAAGAAAUUAUUAGAUUGAGGAAAGAGAAUCAAUCAUUACGCGAUCAAUUGGCAGGUCGAGCUAUCGAACCCGCAAAUUUGAAUCGUAGGAAUCUUGAGGAUGUUCGAAAAGUAGGCUCGAUGGAGGAUAGGGAUGAUGUAUCGGUUUCUGCUGAAUCCAAGCAAGAAUGCAUUUCCGAUAAUGAAUCCGUUGCCAAUUAUUCAAAGUUGACGGAAUUAAACGAUCGAAUCAUGGAGUUGGAGAACGAAUUAAUCACCUCCAAAGAAAAUACUCAAAAGGUCGAAUCCUCCUUUCAACAAUUAGAAACAGAUAAAGCUUCUACCAUAAAACAAUUGGAAGAAAAACAUUUAAAAGCGGUUAGCCUUUUACGUGCGACCCUUAAACAAAAACAAAUUAAGAUUGAAGAAUUGGAAAAAGAAUUACGCAAAGCAAAGUAUAAUGAAAAUGAGAGAAAGGAAAAAUUUAUACAUAUAAAGCCUAUUUCACAUAAACCUUCUCAACAAUUCUCAUCACCACCAUCACCUAAACUACAACAACAUCAUCAACCGUUAGAACAGGAUGAAGAAGAGGAUCUUCAACCGGUGAACGAUGAUUGGCGCAAUCAUCAUCGUCCCGGUCAAAUGAAACGUAGGUCCAUCAUUUCUGAGAACUUUCCCACGAAAGAACGAAAAAAUUCCUUAACUAGCACAAAUAGCGGAAGUAUUGAAGGGACCAGUGUAACGGGCGGAAGCCUAGAAGACAAAGGGAGCAAUGGAAGCGAAGAAGUCGCUAGCGUGCAGGACUCGAACGCUUUAGGAAGACAACAACAUCAUCAACUUAACAAAGAUAAUGAAGUAGUCGCGGAAGAGGACGACGAUAUUCUGGAUGCGAUUCUUUCGGAUCGAGAAGAUCGUUCCUUGCCACUCAUUGGUCAUUAUUCAGCCGCAGAAUAUACAGAAGAUGAAGAUUUUGAUUUUGACCUUGACCUUGACUACAGAAGACCGAGCUACGUGGGUAGAAUUGGUGGAAAUAAAAUCGAGGUUAAUUCAAUGGUGAUGGCAUUAAAUCAGAUCGCUUCAGGUGGAAGGAGAGGUCGAUCUGUAGAUGAUGGGAUUCCAUAG